UUUACAGUCAAUGAAAUGCAGUCACUAUUGUAAUGUAGGAAACUCGGCAGCCAAUUUGCGCAAAGCAAAUCGCACAAGCAACGAUGUGGUACUGAUUGGAUAGUGAUGUGCAUUGGCGCAUAAAUAUUAGCCAGAACCAGAACACUAGGGAAAACCUCCUUGUUCUUAUAAGUGGCUGUGGGAAUCUUCAUAUUUACGUGAGAGGCUGGGAGAAUUGUACACAACUCACAGCAACAAGGAAAGGCAAAGGGUAUAGUUUGCCAGGAUGAACCGGCCAAAAGCAGUGGCAAUUCGGCGCCCCAGCAGUGCCAAACCCAGUGGUCAUCCACCCCCUGGGGAUUUUAUAGCACUGGGUUCGAAGAGCCAAGUGUCUGACACCAAGGCGUCGGGGGCAUUGCUAAAGCCAGCACAGACAGGACUGCAGUCCGAUAGGAAACGAGAAGGAUCGUCGGCCAUGGCCUCAACCUCUGGCCUCUCAAAAAGGCCGAAGAUCUCUUCCACUCCACCGUUGAGCGCGCUUGGACGCCUAGCAGAGGCUGCAGUCGCAGAGAAACGGGCCAUAUCACCUUCGAUUAAAGAGCCAUCUGUCAUACCAAUUGAAGUUCCCCCAGCAACACUGCUGGAUGAAAUAGAGGCUGCAGAAUUGGAUGGAAAUGAUGACUGCAUCGAGGGGCUGCUGUGCGGAGCAGUUAAACAGAUGAAGCUCAACCGAGUGAAGCCAGACACUACACUGUUUCUCAGCCUGAUGUACUUGGCCAAAAUCAAACCUAACAUCUUUGCAACAGAGGGUGUCAUUGAGGCUUUGUGCAGUCUGCUUCGACGUGAUGCCUCCAUUAAUUUCAAAGCCAAAGGGAACAGCUUGGUGUCUGUGCUUGCUUGUAAUCUCCUCAUGGCAGCCUACGAGGAAGAUGAAAACUGGCCCGAAAUCUUUGUCAAGGUUUACAUUGAGGACUCGCUUGGGGAACGUAUCUGGGUGGACAGUCCCCAGUGUAAAACAUUUGUUGAGAACAUUCAGACAGCUUUUGGCACGAAGAUGCCCCCAAAAAGCAUGUUGCUGCAUGCAGAGGGGGGCAAGAUUGGCGGUGACCUUAGUGCAGGUGGGAGUCCACACCCUUCCACACCAGAUGACGAUGAUAAUCAGACCGAGCUGCUUAUUGCAGAAGAGAAACUGAGUCCAGAUGUAGAGUCUGGCCAGGUAAUGCCCAGGUACGAGGACCUGGCUGAGAGUGUGGAAGAUUAUGUUAUUGACAUGCUUCGCGAUCAACUCAACCGCCGCCAGCCCAUGGAUAACGUCUCACGGAACCUACUGCGUCUACUCACCACUACCUGUGGCUAUAAAGAAGUCCGUUUGAUGACUGUUCAACGACUGGAGAUGUGGCUGCAGAACCCAAAGCUGACCCGCCCAGCUCAGGACCUGCUGAUGUCAGUCUGCACCAACUGUUCUACACAUGGGACAGAGGAUAUGGAGGUUAUGUCGAAUCUCAUCAAAAUUCGCCUGAAGCCUAAAGUGUUGCUGAACCAUUAUAUGCUGUGCAUUAAGGAAUUGCUGAAUGCUCACCGGGAUAACCUGGGGACACUUGUGAAGUUUGUGAUAUUUAACGAGCUUUCAAAUGCACGGAACCCAAACAACAUGCAGAUCCUCUACACUGUGCUACAGCACAAUUCUGAGCUGGCUCCCAAGUACCUGGCCAUGGUAUUUCAGGACCUACUCACCAAUAAGGACGAUUACCUUCGUGCAUCUCGAGCGCUGCUGAGGGAAAUUAUUAAACAGACCAAACACGAGAUCAACUUCCCGUCCUUCUGUCUAGGUCUGAUGCAGGAACGGAAGGAGCAGACAUACCUAGAAAUGGAGUUUAAGGAGCGCUUUGUAAUCCAGGUGACGGACCUGCUGACCCUGUCGAUGAUGCUGGGGAUUACAGCUCAAGUGAAAGAAGCGGGGCUUGCCUGGGACAAAGGCGAAAAGAAGAACCUGGAAGGACUCCGUGCAUUUCAGACUCAGAUAGCAACUAUCCAGCGAGAUGCCGUGUGGUGGCUGCACACUGUGGUUCCCACCAUCUGCAAACUCAACCCUAAGGAUUACAUCCAUUGUUUGCACAAGGUGCUCUUCACUGAACAGCCAGAGACAUACUACAAAUGGGAUAAUUGGCCUCCAGAAAGUGACAGAAAUUUCUUUCUGCGACUGUGCUCGGAGGUCCCGCUCCUGGAGGACACUCUGAUGCGGAUCCUGGUCAUUGGGCUGUCACGAGACCUGUCUCUGGGGCCGGCCGAUGCCAUGGAACUUGCUGACCAUCUGGUGAAACGUGCUGCGUCGGUUCAGGCUGAUGACCUGGAAGUUCUUCAUGUGGAGAGGAUUCAGCUGAUUGAUGCAGUUCUGAACUUGUGCACCUAUCAUCACCCUGAAAAUAUUCAACUGCCGCCAGGGUAUCAGCCCCCCGCUCUGGCUAUCUCAUCCUUGUACUGGAAGGCUUGGCUGCUGCUGUUGGUUGUAAAUGCUUUUAACCCACAAAAUAUUGGUUUGGCUGCAUGGGAAGGCUACCCCACGUUGAAGAUGCUGAUGGAAAUGGUGAUGACAAACAACUUCUCAUACCCGCAAUGUACCGUGACUGAUGAAGAGACCCGAAGCGACAUGAUUAAUCGCGAGCUGCAGAUGUCGCAGAGAGAGAAGCAGGAGAUCUUGGCCUUUGAGAGCCACCUGGCCGCCGCAUCAACAAAGCAAACCAUCACUGAGAGCAACAGCCUGCUGCUGUCGCAACUGACCAGCCUCGACCCACAGGGAGUCCCUCGCCGGCCACCUCCACAAGUCCUCGAGCAGCUGAAGAGUUUGAAUCAGUCCCUUCACCUUGGGCACCUGCUGUGCCGGAGCCGUCAUCCUGACUUCUUGCUAAACAUUAUUCAGAGACAAACCUCGUCCCAGUCUAUGCCCUGGUUAGCAGAUCUAGUACAGUCUAGCGAAGGAUCCUUGGAUGUGUUGCCCGUCCAGUGCCUGUGUGAAUUCCUGCUCCACGACGCAGCCGAUGAGGUGACCUCCACAGAAGAGGAAGACGAGGGUGAGAGCAAAGAGCAGCGAGCCAAGAAACGACAGAGGCAGCAGAAACAGCGACAGCUGCUGGGCCGCCUGCAGGAUCUCCUCCUGGGCACCAAAGCCGACGAGCAGACUACCUGCGAAGUGCUGGAUUACUUCUUGCGGCGUCUGAGCUCCCCACAGGUGGCCUCACGUGUUCUGGCCAUGAAGGGCUUGUCUCUAGUGCUGACCGACUCCGAGAACAGCCUACGAGAUGUGGAAGAGCGAGACCAGAUGUUGGAAGAGGAUUCAAGUGACGGGGAGCCACUCCCUGGAUAUCAGUGGCUGUUGCGGGACCUUCCCAAACUGCCUCUCUUCAGCAGUGUCUGUAACAUGACAUCUUUGGCAUUGCAGCAGGCCAUUCAUGUGGAGACUGAUCCCCAGACCAUCAGCGCUUAUGUCAUUUAUUUGUCACAACACGCACCAGUAGAGGAACAGGCUCAGCAUAAUGACCUUGCUCUGGAUGUUGCUCGCUUAAUCGUCGAGCGAUCCACCAUUAUGACUCACCUCUUCGCCAAGCAUACCUACAGAACGGAAUGCGAGUCUGUGCUGGUGGCGUUGAUCGCUAUCUUCUCGCAGUAUGUGAAGCGGAUGCGGAAGACCAAGGAAGACGAGGAGGUGUACAGUUGGUCUGAAUCCCAGGACCAGGUCUUCCUGCGUUGGACCACUGGGGAGACUGCCACCAUGCAUAUCCUGGUGGUUCACGCCAUGGUUAUCCUCCUGACUCUUGGACCCCCUCAAGGCGAGAGCGACUUCUACUACCUUCUUGACGUCUGGUUUCCCGAGAGAAAACCACUCCCUACAGCAUUCCUGGUUGACACCUCGGAAGAAGCUCUACUUCUUCCUGACUGGCUGAAACUUCGAAUGAUUCGCUCAGAAGUGUCUCGAUUGGUGGAUGCUGCUCUCCAGGAUCUGGAGCCUCAGCAGUUGAUCCUGUUUGUCCAGUCCUUCGGAAUCCCGGUCUCCAGCAUGAGCAAACUCUUGCAGUACCUGGACCAGGCUGUGUCCCACGAUCCCCAAACACUUGAACAGAAUAUCAUGGACAAAAACUACAUGGCUCACCUGGUGGAAGUUCAACAUGAGAGAGGAGCGACUGGUGGACGCACCUUUCACACGCUGCUCACCGCAUCCCUGCCCCCAAACAGAGAAAAUGCAGACUUGAGUAGACAGAGCUCAAGCCACACAGCCCCGCAGUGUCCCAUCCGGAUUCGAAGACCAGCACAGAUUCCUGUAAUUGGGGCAGAUGAAGACUUGACUGGUCUCUUCCUUCAGCUUUUCCCGAUGAACCCUGACCCAAGGUGGAAGAGCACAAACACACGCUCAAUCUCUCUGAUGCUGCAGCACGCUCUGGCCCAGGAGCUGAGCCGAGUCUACCAGGGAAAGGUGGAAGAGACUGGAAUCGCCAUCCGAUUGCUUCAAGCCAUCUCUGCACUGCUGAACUCCGCACACAGUGGUGCCUUUGUGUUGUCCAUGCACAGGAAUUAUGUCCUCUCCUGUCCCUUAAUGAGGCAACUCCAUCAGUAUCAGAGGAGCAUGCCAGAGGACUCUGCUGCUGUGUCCCUAUUCUACAAUGUGGUGAUGCAGAUACGGACGUGGUUGGAAAAUCCAGCGGUGGAGGAGGGCCCACUCCGAGCAUUACUGAAAUCCCUAGCCACCCAGUGCUUGUUGAAGCACAGGAUGGGCGACGUAAGAGCUGGCUUCCGGCACUUGGCGGAACAUCUGACCUAUCGGCAGGACCAGGAGCUGAUCGAUUCAGCGGUGCGGGGAAUAAUAUCGUCUCUGAAAGCUGGAGAGAAGUGCAAUGUGGAACCAGAGCUAAAGGCAAGAGUAUUAAAGGAUUUAAUCGAGAUGCGGUCUCCCUACUUGGAGGAAUUCUUGACCCUUGUCCUCACAACCAACUCGGAAACAGACACAAGGCAUGCUGGUACGAAUCCAGUGGCCCUGAUAACCAUGCUUCUUCAACAGGAAGGAGAAGAGUCAGCAGUAAAGAUGGAGAUUGACGGUGACAGUGUGGAGAAGCUGAAGCCUGUAUCAGCGUCAGGGCUGUUUAUUGAUUGGUUUGAGCUCUUGGACCCCGAGGUUAUUUCCUGCUGUCCCGACCAACAACAGAGGCUCCUGUUUGCUGACCACAAGAUGACAGGUCAGCUAGGAUUGCAGCUGCUUUCGUUCCGACCCUACCUUCUGGCUGUCCUCAUCCACCAGUCAAACUGGACCACACUACACCGGUGUAUCAGCAUUCUUCUGAGUAAGCAUGGGGAGCUCAGGCUUGACCCCACAGCGUGUCUAGAUUUUCUCUGGGCCUGUGUGCACAUUCCAAGGAUUUGGCAAGGACGUGACCAAAGAACUCCACAGAAACACACUGAGGAGUAUGUCCUGCGCUUGAAGAAGGCGGAACUCAUCAGCCUGGUGGAUAUCAUUCUUUCGGAGUCCGAAGUGAGAAACCGCAACGGGUCGCAUGCUAAGAAAUCUGCUGAGGAUGUCACAGGCACCCUCAUCCAGUCACGGCUCCCUUUGCUGCUCAGUUGUUGCCAUGGCAAUUUGGAUAAUGUCAAGAAAGUGACUGAGUAUUUGAUCAGUUGUAUCAAACAAUGGGGAGACAGCAGUGUGAUGAGCAAGCGUUGUCACAAUCUGCUGCUCCAAAUAUACUUCCACGUUGCAGAGGUUAUCCGCCAUGUCAAUCUCCCGGAGUCCGUGCUUAGCAGUGAUGGCACCACUGAUGGAAGUACCUGCAAGCUGGACGCAUUAGUACAUCGGUUGCUUACGCUGCUCGCAGACACCAGUGACUCGAAGAUGUCAGAAAAUCGAAUGGCUGAUGCCAAUAUGGCCUGCAGAAAGUUGGCAGUGGCACAUCCAGUUUUAUUGCUUAGACAUUUGCCGAUGAUUGCUGCCCUGUUACACGGACGAGUUCACUUGAAUUUCCAGGAGUUCCGUCAGCAGAAUCAUUUGACCUUCUUCCUGCAUGUUCUGGGGAUCAUGGAGCUGUUGCAGCCAUAUUUAUUUCAGAGUGAGCACCAGGGAGCGAUGCAGGACUGCCUUCUCUCCUUCAUACUGCUCCUGCAGAAUUACGGGAGGUACUCCAGACUGAUUGCUUCCUUCAUCAAUAAAUGUGUGCAUUUUAUUCACAAGUUUAUAACCUACAAUGCAGCAGCAGCCGUCCCAUUCCUUCAGAAACAUUCAGAUGUGCUCCAUUACCUGUCACGGGAAUAUCCAGAGAUGGCUCUGCUGAAGUCCCUGCUGGCUGGAUUAACACUCCCGACCCGGAGCGGACUCAUUGAGGAGAAUGCAGAGGAUGAGGAUGGGGAGGAAGAAGCAACAGGUUCCCUCCCGCUGGUCAAUUUCUCUGCCAUAACACCACUGACCUCAGCUGAAGUGGCACCAUACCUCCAAAAGAUAGCGAGGGGGCGCGCUCUUGAAGAUAUUCUGGAAGUCCUGAAUGAUAUUGAUGAGAUGUCAAAACGUCGUGUGGAGGUCCUCUCCUUCUUUACUAAUGAUCUGCAACGGCUGAUGAGCUCCCCGGAGGAACUGUCACGAAACGCAGCAUUUAUCUUGGCCAUGAGGAGUAUCCAGAGCAAUCCACGCACUGCCACUGACUUUCUUCCAACUUUUAUGUAUUGCCUUGGUUGUGGAAAUUACGAUGUGGUGCAGACAGCCCUAAAGAACCUUCCAGAAUAUACACUGCUCUGCCAAGAGCAUGCAGGGGUCCUCCUUCACAAAGCCUUUCUGGUCGGGAUGUACAGCCAGCUCGACACAAGCCCACAGAUUGCAGAGGCCAUGAAAGUUCUACACAUGGAAGCCACUACUUAAAGACUAAGCAGUAUAAAAGGACUGUGGACUUGGGUGAGAGAAUAAACAUGAUUGAAGGCAUUGUAGGGGAAGUACUUUCAACACAGUAAUUUCAGUCUCUUAUACGUCCCAGAAGAAGUGAUCAAGAAAUUGUCAAUCUAUCCUGGAUAUUGUUGCUCAGGAGAGCUUCUCAUUGAAGUUCCAAGUACAAAUUUCAUCAAAGCUAAUGGGAAUUAGUGGCUGAAGCCAUGAAUUUUCUCUCAUAAGUAAUCACUGUACUUCAAUUCAUCAGGUAAAGCCCUUUGUGACACUUCUGAGAUACACAAAAAUGUGCUUUAUAAAAUCAAGUCUUUUUCCUCUCCUUUUUUUCUCAUUUUUUUUCUCUUUCUCCUUUUCUUUCUCUCUUGCUGUCUUUGUCUCUCAAUAGAGAUGCACAGUAAGGUGCUGUGUAAGAUUAAAUUCCAUUCUCUCAUAUUUUUCUCUUCCCUUUCUCUUUUACACAAUCCCCUAAUUUGGACAGGGCUGGUGGGGACAUACCUCUCAAUAUCCCAUUUUAAUCAAUAUCUGGACGUUAAAUAACAGUCAAGAAAAGCAUCAGCACUGGCGCACAAGUCUCUCCCAAGCCUGCAGGUUCACCAGUUUCUGUUCAUAGCACAGAACCAGGUUCUACUCUUCAACAUACUGCAGAAGAAGUGGUCUAGCUGGAACUGCUAGCAGGCAAGUUAACAUCUGAAAGUGGUAUAACCCUUUCUGAUUAUUAUCAGCAUCCAGAGGCUUUUUGUAACCAAGACUCUACAGGGUGGAUUUUAAAAUGGAUAAACCACCAGUCUCCAUCUCGCACACAAACAAAUGAUCACACAGCACUGACUAGAUGUUAAAGGAUGCUUUUCAACCAGAACCCUGCUGCCUCAAGUCAGCAGAACACAACUGUGUUUCAGUGAGGCUCCUUGGAAGGACAGUACCGAGAACUGAUGAGGCCUUGUGAAUGUGUGAGCCUUUGAAACAGACCAGGGGAGAAGUAUUCACUCUGCUUAAAAUGACAGCAACAUGAGACCCAUAAAGAAAUGUAUCUUGACUGCUUAAAGUUCUGUUUAAACGUUGUACUUUUGUUAGGAAAUUUUUAUAAAAAUGGAUGUUUGACAAGAAA